AUGAACCGUGGAAGAACCCGUCGCGCACGCCUCAAGCGGUCGAAAACGGGUUGCCGCACGUGCCGAGCCCGACACGUCAAGUGUGACGAGACCCCAGGCAAGUGCCAAAACUGCACCUCGACUGGACGGCAAUGCGACGGCUAUGAUACCCAUCGGCUGCCUCUCCCCAACAAACAAACGCGCCAUUCGGAGCGCUUGGCACUGUCACCUCCGGUCGCAGUCACCGUCCCGUGGGCCAGUACCUCCGAUGAGCGCCGCUGCUUUGGCUUCGUGCAAGCCCGCACGAUUCCCGACGUGCUCAGCUACUUCGACUCGCUGAUAUGGGAGCAAUUUGUCCUGCAGAUGGUGCGCCGCGAACCCGCGGUCUGGCAUGCUGUCGUCGCCUUAGGCGCCGUGCACCAACACAUCGAGCCUGGGUUGAUGGGCGGGUCCACGGAUCCACAGAUGCGGGAGGUGACAUUGCUCUGCUGUCUGUUGUUCACCAUCAUGGACGUGGUACGGCAGGAGUUUGGGACCGCCGUGCAGCAUAUUCGUGCUGGCCUGCGGAUUCUGGAUGAAGCUCAACUCUCAACCAGCAGGGACGGUCAGCCGCUUCUUCGCUUUUGGCUGCAUGCCUUCCGACAUCUCGAUACCCAGAUUGGCAGUGAUCGCUUGUUGAUGGUGGAGGGCAGUGGCAGUAGGAGCAGCACAGAAGACGCAGGGAACGCCGCGGUGCAACCGGCUGUAGACCCUACAUGGCUGUCAUGGACCUCGCAUUCCCAAGAACCAUACACUGUUGCUUCCGCCCGCCACAUGCUGGAGCCCCUCUACAACCGCUUUUUCAAGUUCAUCCGACAGUGCUGGCGGAUGUCGCCAGCGGAGCUCCAAUCUGCUGCCGCCGCGCCAGUCUUGGCGGAGCAAGCCAGUCUGACCACGCAAUACCACUGCGCCAGGCAAUUUUGGCGCAUUUUCCGCACGGAGCAAGACGCCAGUAAGCUCAGCCCGAAGGAUGAGCGCGGGGCCGAGGUGCUCGAGAUCUGGCUGACGACCGUCGGUCUCGGCUUGCAGACGGGCCCCCUCCACGGGGACCCGACGGCUUUGCAGCGGUUCACACCGCAGUAUCGCGAUCUGCUCAAUCGGAACCAACGUUUCCUCGCCCGCUUUCCACAGCGGCCUACUUUGCUAGUCGACAUGGGCGUGCUGCCGACGAUAUUCUUUGUGGGCGACGGCUGCCAGGACCUCUCCGUACGGUGGGAGGCCCUGCAGGCUCAUUAUGCCUGGCCCCACCAGGAAGGUCCUUUCAGCGCACCGCUGAUGGCCGCCCGGCUGGAACAUCUAAUUCGCGCCCAACUAAUGGUCCGAGUUCGGGCCGACCUGGUGGCGUCGCUCCGACUGACUUCGCACCAGCCCGCACAAUUGAUGACGGAGAGCGAAGUAGAAAGCUGUUUGGAAGAAGUAGAAGAGCUGGUCGAAACCGAAACCGACCGCAUCUUGGAGCAAAUGCGGUCGGUGAGCUCCUGCGCCAAUGAAGAAGACCGAGAGAGGUCCGCGCACAUGUUGUCCGCACUCGAUCGGAUGCACGACCACUGGGGAUCAGUAGCGAGAAUGAAAAGGAUUGAGGGGUCUAGCGCCCUGUGAGUAGUCGUGGCUAUCUUCGCGCCUGAUUUGACUUGCGGACUUUAUCGCCGGGGCCCACUUCCUGAGAUCUGGGGAGUCGACGAAAAUCUCAACGGCGGCCCGGGCCUCGGUAUUUUUUCGACCUUCCAGAUCUCCCAUUGCUCCAUCCCACUGGAUUGGGUCAGCGUGACGGACCGUAUGGCUGUGGGAUUGAACAUUUCUUGACUACGCUGAGGUUGUGUUUUCCUGAGCUAGCAUUAAAGGACCGAGCGUUAAAGUACGUUUUGUCAAGACACUCCCAGUGUUGGAAGAGGAAUCCCAGGCGCGGGGUACUAUGUCCUGUCCUGUACUGUACAUAUCCAAUUUUCUUCGAU